CGAGUGCGUUUAGAGCGCAGGGCAGUGACUGCCGAGAAAGGAGCCAGCGUUGCACGGUGCCCGUCUCUCUCUCUCCCCCCGCUUGACUUUACCGGGUCCUAGCCGUUGCCAUGAAGUAUUACACGGGCCGGUCCGGGUACGCUGCGCCCCCCGCCCGUCUGAAGACCACCCGCGCCGUCCAUUUCUCCCACGACAUCGUCUUCCAGGAUCACAUUCGCCAGGGAGACCUGGUGCAGGUGGGACGGUUCAUCCGAGCAAGCAAGGUGAAACUGGACACUAUCUACAUCUCGGGCAUGGCGGCGCUACACGAGGCUGUGUUGACGGGAAGUCUGGACUGCGUCAAACUGCUGGUCAAAUACGGGGCGGAGGUUCGUCAGAAAGACGAGAACGGCUGGACAUCCCUUCACAUCGCCUGCAGCGACGGACACGCCGAGAUCGCCAGGUAUCUGCUCUCCCAAGGAGCCCAAGUGGACGCGGUCAACGAUGACGGCGAGAUGCCCAGGGACCUGAUUGAGCCGGACGACAUCGAGCUUCAGGUGCUGUUUGAGCCUCGAAGAUCCGUCUGAAGAGAAGGCGAAAACCAAACGUGUCAACCCAAUUCCCCAGUUGAGGAAUGCAGAGAUACAGAGAUGUUGCCUGACCCGCUGAGUUGUUCCAAACCCUCAGCUGCAACUUGUGGAUGGUGAACUGCAGCAAGGACUGGACUGUGAGGCACAACUCAACUCCCUGGCCUUGCCCUCUCUUGUGCCUUGGUUUGGUGUUUACCAAUGCUGUUGCUUCCUUCAUUUUAAACUUUUUUUAUCAAAAGAAAGUUUGUCGACUUUAAAGGACAUUUUUACUGCAAGUUACAUUUAGACUUUCAGCCAGUGAUGUUUAGGAUUGGCCACUAUCGCCUGCUCCAGCCUUUACACCGAGUCUUAUAUGCAUUGGAGUCUUAACCCUAUGUGUGGGAAAGAACUGCAGAUGCUGGUUUAAAUCGAAGGUAGACACAAAAUGCUGGAGUAACUCAGCGGGACAGGCAGCAUGUCUGGA